AAUUCCACCUAGGCUUUAUUGCAAGCCAGCAAGUAUAUCUUCUCUUCCCUCCUGCUUCUGGUCUAUCAGUAUUCGUUUUCUCCUUCUGCGACUAUGCUGCCUGCAAUCAUCUCCCCCUCCGUACUCGCCUCUGACUUUGGGCAACUCACGGCUGAGUGCAAGCGGAUGAUCAAGAAUGGUGCAGAGUGGCUGCAUAUGGACGUCAUGGAUGGGCACUUCGUCCCCAACAUCACAAUGGGUCCGCCUAUCCUGACUUGCGUACACAAGGCCAUUCCGGACAUCUUCAUGGAUUGCCACAUGAUGGUCGCGAACCCCAUCCAGUGGGUAGACGAUGUUGCCGAUGCGGGAGGUGCGUUGUAUUGUUUCCACAUUGAGGCAACCUCAGAUCCGCUCAGUGUGAUCAACAAGAUCAGGACGAGGAACAUGCAGGUCGGCGUGGCUAUAUCCCCUGAUACUCCCAGCACCGCGAUCACCGAUGAGGUAGCAGAGGCGGCAGACAUGCUUCUUGUCAUGACUGUGCACCCCGGACGUGGCGGGCAAAAGUUCAUCGAGCGCUGCGUGCCUAAAGUCGCCGAGCUCCGCGCACGCUUCCCGAACAAGAACAUCGAGGUCGACGGCGGUGUAGGGCCCAAAACAAUCGACGUGUGCGCCGAGGCCGGAAGCAACGUCAUCGUCGCUGGCACGGCGAUCUUCUCGGCUCAGGAUGCGGCAGAGGUUAUCAGGCAGCUCAAGGCGAGCGUGAUGACUGCGCAGGCGAAGGCAGCUGGCAAGGCAUGAACGCCUAGCCGAUUGUUUGCCCUCGGGGUUGUAGAAUUUCCUAGGGUCUGACAGGUGGAGCAUGUAGAAUGAAAUAAAAAGAACGCAAUAGAACUCCCAGGCGAGUUUGCUAUAUGUUUGACAGGAAGGAGAGCGUUGAAGAAUGG